AACUAUGACACGCUCUUAAAUUCACCGUUACUAUACGUAUAUAUAUAUAUAUAUGUAUAUAUAUCCUUCAUCUUGCACUCCCUUUUUCUUCGUUUCUUGGUUUUUGUGCUCUUCUCCUCGUUGAGAUUCACCCCCUCUUUUGUUUGGGUUUUGGUUUUCUUGAUGUUCAUCAAUGGCGGACGACAUAAUCUAGCGAUUGCUGUGAAUUGAAAUCCGUAUCACGCUCGUUAAAGGACGUUGGUUUUUGAAACUGAAAAGGAUUUAAAACAGGGAUUUGGGAGUUAUAGUUGAGGAAGAAUGUGGAGGAAUCCAGGUACCAUUUUGUUGAAACAGGUGUUCAAGUCGGCCGUGAGACCCGCCAGGCCGGGACCCACUUUCGGUUCAUUCAACUAUUGCAGAGGAUUUGUGGGUUCAUCGUUUCGCCGCCACUGCAGCUCCGCCGCGGGCGGCGGAGGUGGGAGCGGGGACGAGAAUGAGCUGACGUAUGCGGAGGCGAAGAGGUUGAUGAGGCUGGUGAAUGUGGAGGCGCUGAAAGAGAAGCUAGGAGUGGAGGACAAGGAAGUGAUCUCGUACGCGGAGCUCUUGAGAGCCUGCGAGAGCAUUGGCGUCGCUAAGUCGUCGGAUGAGGCAGCGGCCUUCGCUAGAGUUCUUGAUGAAGCUGGUGUCGUUUUGCUCUUCCGCGACAAAGUCUACCUCCAUCCUGAUAAGGUCGUUGAUUUGGUUAGAAGGGCAGUGCCCCUUGCGCUUCUACCUGAAGAUGACCCAUGUAAAGAUGAGCUCAAGAAACUGGAGGAGAAGAAGGAAGAGAUCGAUAUGCUGGCUCACAAACAAGUCCGUCGCAUAUUGUGGACUGGGUUGGGAUUUAGCGUGGUACAGGUCGGACUCUUCUUUCGUCUGACAUUCUGGGAAUUUUCUUGGGAUGUGAUGGAGCCAAUUGCAUUUUUCACAACCACAACUGGGAUAGUCAUAGGUUAUGCCUACUUCCUGUUCACUUCAAGAGACCCAAGUUACCAAGAUGUGCUGAAGAGGCUCUUCCUCUCAAGGCAGAGAAAGCUCAUUAAGAAACAUAAUUUUGACAUGCAGAGGUUCAUGGAGUUGCAGAAAAAAUGCAAGUCCUCUCUGGAUCCAUGUACAUCCAUCAAAAGGCGGCUGGGAGUAGAGUUGGAACCAGAGGACCUUUUACAUGAUCGUUAAUGCCGGAUCUUUCACAAAGAUUUGUGUCUUUUAAAGGCACUUAUUUGACAAUUAACCAAAAGCUCCUGUUUUUCUUUGAGGGAGUUCAUACAUGCCAAGUUUUUCUUGGUUGCCUCUACCAAUGUUUAGAAUGACUAUUAGAUUUUUCAGUACUUCCUCUAGACGAGAGAGGAUACGGAAAGGAUUCACGCUGGCACUUGUAAUUUGUUUACACAGUCACAUAUAAUAUUGUAUCAGAUACAUAUUUGGCCUAAAUUAUUCUUCUUCUUAUGUUUUAUA